AUGGCCUCCAGCGUCAACUCGAACACCAUCUCCGAGAUCUCAGAGAAGGAGAGAGCCAUCACCGGAUCCGACACCCAGGUCAAGGGAGGUCCUGCUGCUCAAGCUCAGAAGCACGUUGGCGAUAAGCUUGAUGGCUCUGUGGUCUCAGAAAUAACCCAGGGCGAGCGGAAGAUCACUGGCGAGGACUCUGCUGUCCGAGGCGGUCCUGCCGCCACCGCCCAAGCUCAUGCUGCCCAGGAAAGUUCUCUCAACCGUACUGGCUCCACCUCCCAAAAUCAGGCCACCGGCAAACUCGACUCAGAGACCAUCUCUUCAAUCACCCAGGCCGAAAAGGACAUCACAGGACAAGAAGGUCCCGUCAAGAACGGCCCUACGGCUCAAGCUCAGAAGCACGUCGGCGAAAAUAUCGACUCUGACAACCUUCACGACAUUACCGAAGGUGAGAAGAAGAUCACUGGUGGAGAGCGUCUCAAGGGUGGUCCGACCGCCCAACCGCAAAGCGAACUCGCCAAGUCUCGCAGUGGCUAG